AUGGAGGAGCAGCAGCAGCAGAAGCGGCAGCGGUCGCAUCAGGCGGCGGCGGCGGCGGCGCCACCUCCGCGUGUGCCGUGCGCGAGGUGCGCGUCCGACGACACCAAAUUCUGCUACUACAACAACUACAACACCUCGCAGCCGAGGUACUACUGCCGGACCUGCAAGCGCCACUGGACGCACGGUGGCACCCUCCGCAAUGUCCCCGAGGGAGGCAGCAGCUCCAAGAAGAACCCCCGAAGGAACAGAAAGCUCUCUCCGUCGCCUUCUUCUCCGGCCGCAGUGUUCAAACUUUCCGGACAACCGCAGAUGCUGCAUGCUGCUCCGGCAAUAGCCGCGGCGGCCGGCGUGGUUGGUGCUCCCCUGCCUACGCCGGUGCCAUUCUUCUACAACGGUGGUAGCGGAGGGAGUGCUGCUGGCCUCGCCGGAGACGAUCUCUCUGCUUUUCAAAUUCCUGGCGGCAUCCUCCCGGGGGAAUUCCCCCGGGCACCGAUGCCGGCGGCGCCAGGGCUCAACUCCUUGGGCGGGAUCAGCCUCCAGCGGUUGGUGCAACAACCCCGGUUGUCCCUAACGAUGCAGCACCAAAACUUGCUCUUGUUCCAACAACUACAACAGCAGCAGCAGCAGCAAGGCAACGCAACAACUCCUGCUGCUACAGCAGAUCGACACCAGAUCAGACAUCAAUCAAACAACAACAUGGUCUUCAACAUGGCAAGCUCCAUUCCCCAACCUCCGCCUCCAUAA